AGAAUUGAGCACGCCUGACGAGUCAGUUUGCGCUUCUCGCCAGCGCGGCUCCGCGAGUCGCCCGCAACAGGAUGAGACACAGGCACGAGGGACGCCGCCACGCGACCACGCAAUGAUGCCUAUAUAUACCGAUGCCGAGGACGCGUUCGUCGAGGGCCUCGUCUGCGGCGAGCGCACAGCACGACGUGGAGAAUCUCGCGCACGAGUUCGAGGCGUUGAGCCUGGCAUCGCCGCUCGGGAAGCAGUACCGCGUGUCCGGCUCGCCUGCGGCGAGCGCCGCAUCAGCACCUAGCAACAGCGCAAAGCACAAGAACUCUACAUCACAUACCUAUGACGAGGGUAGCAGCGACGAAGACGAGACCCCCACAGCGAGUUCCCAGAGCACCGUCACACAACGAGUGCCAUCGGCGCGCAGAAGACACUCGGCCCCCGGGCAGCAGGACGAAUCCGCCUCGUGUGCCCCGCGUGCACCGCCGCCUCCUGACAGCCGUUCCGCCACGCAGUCCGCACCGCCGAACAUCGAGAAGAACGCAUCCGUGACCUGUAGCGCGAUAACCAAGGAGAAUAAGCCAUGUCGGAACAAGACCACCAAGGGCGCGCUCUGCCACAAGCACCGGGCCAAUGAUAGUCCUUCUGCGGCGCCGAGGGUCGAGCGAACGGCCAAUGCAUUCUUGAAGAGGUGGGAGCUGGGCUGGCUGCAGGCCGAGACGUGGAACACGCUCGCGGAGCUGCUGAACGCGCCGCCGGAUGCGACGGACAAUAAGGGUUACAUCUACUCUGCGUUGGUGAUGGGUACGCUCCCGCCGAACGAAAUGCACAUCAAGAUCGGGCGCACGACGGACCUCGUCCGGCGCAUGGGCCAGUGGCGGAGGAGCUGCCCCUCGCACCCGUUGUGCCUCGACUAUUCGCGCAGCACGCGCUACUACGUGCGCCUCGAGAAGAUCGUGCUCCUCGUGCUCCGCGAUCUUGUCGACCAUCAGGCAUACCUCACGCCCGAAUUCCCGGACGUCGCCCCGCCGGAGCGCCGACGCGACAGCUGGGGCUGCAGUGCGACGAUGAAGCCGAAGGCAGAGGUCUGUGAGGAUUGCGAGAGCAUACAUAUUGAGGUAUUUAGGUUCGACACGCGCCUUGUUGGUGGAGGAAAGUUGGACGGAGCCUACCUGUGCAGUUUCGUCUCGACGCUCUGCGAGUCCAUCUGCGCGUUGUUGAAUCGCGACUGCCCGGAGAGCUCGAGCGAGGAAGAGUAGGCCGACACCUAACGGAUUAUCUAUGUCAUAUAUCCAUGCGCACACUUGUACAUCGCGGACUGCACAAUCCAGAAGGGACUUUUAUAUCCGUCGUUUAUGA